AUGGUGCCUCCCUUCAAAGGGGAGAAGAAGAGCAAAGUUGAUGAUUGCUAUCCGCCAUCUAGAUUUGCAGUAGAAGCCAGUAGCCCGUAUUUUAUUGGUAAACACAAACUUCCACGAAAGCGAGUCGACGAAGCAAAGAAAUCGCCAACGAAAAAGACGCUGCUUGCACAUGGGUUUGGUGGUGAUGGGUUCUGCUCAAGUACGCAACCCGAGAGCAGCAAAAAGAUGACUUGCAAGGAAGUGCAGCCUCGUGCCUCAGGCGCAUCCGUGAAUGCCUGCAAUGGUCUAGCGUUCGACUUCAGUGGGGAUCCAAAACUGAAAAGAAUCCGAGAAGUUAUA